GUGUCUAUAUGCUGCAACUACAUGCAGUUAUGAAGACGUUUAUUUUAAUUGCUGUACUUCCUUGUGUAUUUGCGCAAUGGCUCUGUAAGUUUUAUUUUGUUAGAAUUAGUUCUAAUAUAACUUUUGCUUUACUUUUUAAAAAUAGCCGACUGUGGUAAAAGUAAAUAUGAUAACCCUGCUCCUGAGCAACAAACUGACAGGUUUGGACGAAUUGUUGGCGGUUGGCAAUCUCGUUUAAAUGAGUUUCCUUAUCAGUUAAGAAUAACUAUGUUUGAUAGACAUCAUUGUGGUGCAGUAUUAGUUAACAGAAACUGGGCACUUACAGCCGCUCAUUGCGUGCCCAGCGAGUCGCCGAAUGGAUUGAAACUAUAUGCUGGAUCACAUACGAGAAGUGACCCUCCAUCUUCAGAACAAGAGUCUACUAUACUGCAAAUAAAAAAUCAUCCAAGUUUUAACGAUCCACUUCUUUGGUCGAACGAUAUUUCCUUGCUAAGAAUAGCAUCUCCUUUUACUUUCAAUGAAAAUGUAACAGUUGCAUGCGAACCGCGAACAGAAGAUUAUGUAAAUAAAACGACUACAAUAUCUGGAUGGGGAGGGACAAUGUCUGGUGAACUUCCAACUGAUGAAUUCCGUUAUACUAACGUUGAAGUUGUAGCUCAGCAAAUCUGCUCUGAACCUUAUCCUGAUCAAUUAGAUGAGAGUAUGAUAUGCGCAGCUAAAUUAGGAAGAGAUACCUGUCAAGGCGAUUCUGGUGGGCCUUUAGCCUAUAAUAGAGAUGGUAGAUUUGAGGUAAUAGGUAUAACUUCUUGGGGAAGAGGUUGUGCACUCCCAACUCAUCCAGGAGUCUACGCCAAAGUCAGCCAUCAACUUGCUUGGAUAAAAGAAAAUGCUGACUAAAUGCAUAUGAAUAUACUUUAUAUCUGUAUUAUUUAAAAAUAAAUAUAUCUUAGUUCAAUAAAUAUAAAUAUAUCUUGAUUUU